AUGUCCAAGAACGUCUUUGACUGGGAGCCAAUCUGGCGCCACCCUCAUGGAGGGACGCGGUCCCGCAGACCUCCCCCCUCCGGCACUCUUCAUGUCAACCGCCAGGGCCCUCAUUGUCAAUCUUCAUCAGGAAAAGAAGAUUCCGAUUCGCAGACUCAUUCGGACGUCUUCAAAAUACAAUUCGGGAACUUGCCGGUGAAGGUCAUCAUCCGUCGCCAGUUCUUUCAGCUUACUUUGACCUGGCUGGAGGGCAUGCUGCAGAAGGCUUGUGAGACUGCUGUUGCUGGGGUGGAUGAUUAUGAUGGUGUCCCAAGCGACCAGGAUAUUCUCAACUCGGAGCCUGACUGGGAGGAAGUCACUGGGUUGGAGGAUUGGGUCUGGGUUGAAAAAACAGAUAUCGAGGCUUGA